AGGAUCCGGCGCGUGCCCCUGUCAAGAUCCCGACCUCUGCGCCCCCAUUUCGGGCGCCAGGGAUUUUGAGGAGACAUCUCUCUGAAGAAAAUUACUGAUCCAUCAGUCCGAGCCAUCUGGAUAAGGCAAAAGAUAGACGAGGCAAAGGAGCAGUAUAUGGAUGGAAUCAAUAUAGACAUUGAACAAAGGGUUAAAAAAAGGUCUGCUAAAUACUAUGCGUUAACAGCUUUGGUCAAAGAAACAACUGAAGCUUUUCACAAAGAGAUUCCAGGAUCACAGGUAACUUUUGAUGUAGCUUGGUCUCCAGAAUGCAUAGACCACAGAUGUUACAACUACAGUGCAAUUGCCAGUUCCUGUGAUUUCUUGUUUGUGAUGUCUUACGAUGAACAGAAUCAAAUGUGGCCAUACUGCGUGGCAGCAGCUAAUGCUCCAUACAAGCAGACCAUAGCCGGAUAUGACAAUUACAUCCGCAUGGGCAUUAAUCCAAAGAAGCUUGUGAUGGGUGUUCCAUGGUACGGCUAUGAUUAUACUUGCCUAAGGUUAUCUGAGGCCCAUGUUUGCUCUUUGGCAAAAAUUCCUUUUCCAUGCCCUAAGGCUCCAGCUCUUCAAGUCCCAUAUAGAACGAUAAUGAAUCGAGAAAAUAGUUCUCUUUCUGGGAUCUUGUGGAAUGAAGAAUAUAAAUCUCCAUAUUUGGAAUAUCAGGAUUCCAAUGGUAGUUUUCAUCAAUUGUGGUUUGAUAAUCCCAAGAGCAUUUCUCUGAAAGCAGCCUAUGUGAAAGAACGUGGUUUGCGGGGUAUCGGUAUGUGGAAUGCAGAUUGUCUUGAUUACUCCGGAGGUUCUGUAUCACAAGAGCAAACAGAAGCAAUGUGGGAGGCCUUGAGACCAAAGUAACUUAUGAGAGAAGCGGAAUGGUUAAUUUUCUCCAGACACAAUGGGCAAAGAAUGCUGAAGUAUGAUUGGAAUGUAUCUCGCCUUAAUCUUGCUGCAAUCUUGUCCCAUAUAGUAUCAUCACAAUGGAUUAUUUCAGCUACUUGUAUAUUUUUUUACAAGAGAAGAAAGCCAAUAAUAACCUUCUAUCUUUCUUUCUUUAAGAUUGAUGGAAGAAGGAUGGAAUGAAAAUGAAAAAAUAAAAUAAAUAAAUAAAUAAAACCAACUUUUUAUAACUGCAGCAGCAGUUUAUCACUUGACUUAAAUUAAGCAUCCUGUGAAAUACGAUCUAGAGAGGUGCUACCAAGGGUGUGAUCACAUGGGGAAAUAGAAGGCAGUUUGGGCUCCUUUUGGGGCGCUCCAGUGCAAUCUAUUUCCCAGCAUUCACGUGACACUUGGGGAAAUGCACUCCAGUCUGAUCCUGAUUUGCACCUAACCUGGAUCUUUUUGGCCCAGCUGUAGGGCUUGAUUUUUGGGAGGCUGGGCUGCAGCGAUUUUUUGGCAGAUGGAAAAGUCACUUUAAGGGAGACCACUCCCAUUAAAACAGCACUUUCUGGUGUGAUCAAGCAAGUGCCUUUGCUGCUCUCUGACUGCACCCUAAGUGUAAAUAAAGUGCAGUGCCAAGCUGUGCAUUAAAAAUGCACAAUUUCCCAGAUGAAAUAAAACAGUCAAACAAUCUACUACAAGGUAUUUGCAUGGAAGAGUGAAUGGGACAAAGAAAAACUGAAUUAAUAAAUCAUGCACCCUUCAGGAACUUUAUAGUCUGUUGAAAUACAUAGCUUGGCACAAUCCACUUUGACAGCAUUGAACAUUUGGCAUAUCAGAGAAAGGAGAAAAUGAGAGGCUUAAAUUCAGUUAUCCAUCCUUUUCUGCCACCCCAGUCAAGGAUGAUGGGCAGCCAUCUUCUAGGAUAGUGGUCCCCACCCUUGGGUUCCUAGAUGUUCUUGGAUUAAAACUUCCAGAAGCCUUCACCACCAGCUGUGCUAGCCAGGAUUUCUGGCAGUUAUAGUCCAAGAAGAUCUGAGGAACCAAGGUCAGGGACCUCUGUUCUAGGAAAUGAGUAUGCAAGCAACAAUACACAGAGUCCUAGAUGCUGAGUGUAUAUGUUUAUGUUGCAUAACUGUUUGCAACACACAGUUUACAAUAAAACUUCCAUACUGUAUCAGAACGGGUGUCUUUGUAAUUCACUUUAAAUUGGAUGUAGAAACCUAUUUUUCAAGAUAUUUUUCUGAACAAUCUAAUACUUAUCUUCCCAUUAACUGUACAAAGCAAACACUGUAAAUGUUUUUUCCAAGAACCAUGUUUCAGAUACUCCUAAAUUUUAAGCCCUUUCUAUAGGAAUGAAUAGGGUUUUUUUAAUGACAAAAACAGUUUGGAGAGCAUUGAGAAAUCCACUUAAACGAAUAAACAUUAAGAAGAACUUUGAAACAAUGAAAGAGCAAUUCAACAAUGGUAUCAACUGACUCAGAAGGUGGUGGACUCUCCUUCACUGGAGAAUGCACCACUUGAGCAGAGCUUGGAUGGUUACUUGUUAGGAAGACUUUAGCUAUUGAUUUCCUGCACUGGCAGGGGCUGAACUUGAGGAUUGCUGAGGUGCCUUCCAUCUCUACAAUUUUAUGAUUCUAUGAUACUGAUAGAAAUAUAAAGAAUGGAAGGAUCCUAAAAGGCAUCUAGUCCUGCCAAAUGCAGGAAAUCUACAGGUAUACAUUCCUGUCUGCAAUCGUGGGA